CCUCACUCUUUUUACCGAAAAAUUAUUCCGUGCGGAGAGUAUGGCGGAUUGGGGGCCGGUGGUGAUCGCCGUGGUUCUGUUCGUUUUCCUGACGCCGGGUCUUCUUUUCCAGCUUCCCGGUAAUGGACGGGUGGUGGAGUUCGCCAACAUGAGAACGAACGCCGUCUCCAUCCUCAUUCACGCCGUCAUCUAUUUUGCCCUAAUAACCAUCUUCGUCAUAGCCAUCGGCGUCCACAUCACCACCGAGUUGAAGAGAUCAAUUUAUGAUCUAUUUUCCCAGUUUGGAAGGAUUUUGGAUGUUGUGGCCUUGAAAACCGAGAGACUCCGAGGUCAAGCAUGGGUGGUGUUUAGCGAAGUUACUGCUGCUAGUAAUGCAGUUCGGCAAAUGCAGAGCUUUCCGUUCUAUGAUAAACCUAUGAGGAUACAAUAUGCAAAAACAAAGUCUGAUUGUGUUGCAAAAGCAGAUGGGACUUAUGUUCCUAGAGAGAAGAAGAAGAAACAAGAAGAGAAAGCUGCUGAGAAAAGACGGAAAGCUGAGGAGGCACACCAUACUGGUUCUGCGGCUAAUGGGCCUGCUUUUCAAAACAAUGGAGUACAUACAUCACAGCCAACUCGCCAUGGAAAGAGCAGCAGCAGCAGCAGCUCUCAGGAAACCGUUCCUCCCAACAACAUCCUGUUCAUCCAAAACCUUCCUCAUGAGACCACAAGCAUGAUGCUCCAAAUCCUGUUCCAGCAAUAUCCGGGCUUCAGAGAAGUUCGAAUCAUCGAAGCGAAGCCGGGAAUCGCAUUCGUCGAGUUUGGGGACGACGUGCAGGCCUCCAUCGCCAUGCAGGCUCUCCAGGGUUUCAAAAUCACCCCUCAAAAUCCUAUGGCUAUCUCCUAUGCAAAGAAAUGAUGGAUGAUGCAAUUUUGUAAUGUUCUUGUGUCUUUUGGGGAUAAAAAUCAUAUGCUAGAUUUGAGACUUUUGAGUUGAAGAGUAAAGUGUUGAAGGUAGGCUUCUAAGUGCGUACAUGCUCUCUUACAUCAUUUCACUUUACAAAUUAAGAAUAUGAUUAUUUGACUUGUUAUGAAAUAUUUGGGUGAUAUAAAUGUGAAAAG